CUCAAACGCUUCCCAGCGGCUUUAGCGGUCCGUAGCCGGCGACAGGAGCAUUACAAGAUGGCGGCGGUAGGCGCCUCGCGACGGGUGUUCGAGCUUUUUGUGACCCGAGUGCCCUGGACGGCGUCGGCAAAUGAAGUAAGAGAAUAUUUUGGCCAGUUUGGUACUGUGAGAAAAUGCAUACUGCCAUUUGAUAAAGAAACAGGUUUCCACAAAGGGUUGUGCUGGGUUGGAUUUUCUACAGAGGAAGGCCUGAAUAAUGCUUUACAGAAAGAAACUCAUAUCCUGGAAGGAGUUAAGAUUGAAGUUAAACAGCAGCAAAGCAGAAGUUUUCUACAGCAACAUUCACUCAGAACAACUGCUGACAACAGUUGAAGGAAGGAGACUUUAUUUCACUGUCAUUAAAGAACCUAAAAUAAACUUAUGGAUAUGUAUUCUUC